UUUGGUUGUUCUCUUUGGGGCGUUCUCUGUGAGCCACUUCAUUUCUUACAUCAAUAUAAGAAUCUUUGCCAAGGCCUGUUGAAAGUAAAAACUUUCCUAGGUGUAAACUGCUCAAUUUUUGAGUAAACAUGCCAUUCCCCUCCCUCAUAUCAUCACUGUCCGACAACCCAUACUUCGGGGCGGGAUUCGGCCUAUUUGGUGUGGGCGCAGGAGCAGCACUUUUGAGAAAGGGCUCCCAAGUCGGUAUGAUCUUGUUUAGAAGACACUACAUGAUGACUCUGGAGGUUCCAUGCAGGGAUAAAAGCUAUCAGUGGCUCCUUCAGUGGAUGACAAAUAAAGCAGCCAAGCAAACACAGCAUCUAAGUGUUGAAACAACCUACAAGCAACAUGAUAGUGGUAAAGUUACUACUAACUAUGAUUUUAUUCCAAGUGUUGGUGUUCACUUCCUUUGGUACAACAGCACAUGGAUUCGUGUUGAGCGGAACAGGGAGCAGCACACCUUAGAUCUGCACAUGGGUGUUCCAUGGGAAACAGUCACAUUAACUGCACUGGGACGAAACAAGCAGAUCUACUUUGAUAUGCUUGAAGAAGCACGUCAGAUGGCUCUGCGUGAGAACCAGGGCAAGACACUGAUGUACACAGCAGCAGGCUCCGAGUGGCGCCAGUUCGGGCACCCGCGGCGACGGCGGCCUAUCGACUCGGUCGUGCUCGAUGAAAACGUCGCGGAGCGAAUCUUGGCCGACGUGAACGAGUUUCGACAUAAUCCGGCUUGGUACCAGGACAGAGGCAUCCCGUACCGGCGCGGCUACCUGUUGCACGGCCCGCCCGGCUGCGGCAAGUCGUCCUUCAUCACGGCGCUGGCCGGCGAGCUCGGCUUCAGCAUCUGCGUCCUGAACCUGUCGGAGCGCGGCCUCAGCGACGACCGGCUGCACCACCUGCUGGCCGUGGCACCGACCGAGAGCAUCGUGCUGCUGGAGGACGUAGACGCGGCGUUCGUCAGCCGCGAGGACACGGCGCAGACCCGCGCGGCUUACGAGGGUCUGUCGCGGGUGACGUUCAGCGGCCUGCUGAACUGCCUGGAUGGCGUGGCUUCUACAGAGGCCAGGAUCGUGUUCAUGACCACCAAUUACCUGGACAGACUGGACCCGGCCCUGAUCCGGCCCGGCCGCGUCGACGUCAAGGAGCACGUGGGUCACGUGACGCCCCACCAGCUGCGCCGGCUCUUCCUGCGCUUCUACCCGGGCGAGACGGCGUCCGCGGAGCGAUUCGUGGCAGCCGCCGGCCAGCUGGGCCGGCCGCUCAGCGCCGCCGCCGUCCAGGGGCACUUCAUGCUGCACAAAAUGGACCCCGAGCGGGCGGCGCUCUCCGCCGACCGGCUGGGCGCCUCCUGACCCUGCGGCCGACCGGCGGGG